AUGGAUUUGGGCAGCCUGACCACGGUGGUUGCCAACUCGGCCUACAUAAGCGCCCGCGGCAGCUUCGAUGGCUCCAACCCGGCAGCCUCGCGUGACAAGAAGUACCACGCCCGCCUCAAGCUGCCCCACAUCACCGUGUGUGAGGGCCUCCAGGAAACCCUGGACCUAACCUUUCAGUCAGUCUGCGUGGAGCAGCCCAUCGGCAAACGUCUGUUCCGCGAGUUCCUGGAGACGGUGCCCGAAUACCACGGUCCUUGCCACUUGUGGCGGGACAUCGAAGAGUACGACUUAGCCGAAGACACAGACCGGGCCCAGAAGGCUUCUAGGAUCGUCCAGCGUUACCUGGAAUCCUCUGCUAAGCUCUACUGCCCCUUCCUGACCCCGGAGACCGUGACCCAGGUGAAGGAGGCACAGCAGGGGGCUGGGGACACACUCUUUUCCCAGACACUGGUCUCGGUGCUGGGCUACCUCCAGGAAGUUCCCUACACCUUCUUCCUGGAGAGCAUGUACCUGAAGAGGUUCCUGCAGUGGAAGUGGCUGGAGAUGCAGCCCAUGGACCAAGACUGGUUCCAGGACUUCCGUGUGCUAGGGAAGGGGGGGUUCGGAGAGGUGUCUGCCUGCCAGAUGAAGGCCACGGGGAAACUGUACGCCUGCAAGAAGCUCAACAAGAAGAGGCUGAAGAAGAGGAAAGGCUAUGAGGGGGCGAUGGUGGAGAAGAGGAUUCUUGCCAGGGUUCAUAGUCGCUUCAUCGUGUCACUGGCCUACGCUUUCCAGACCAAGGAUGAGCUUUGCCUGGUUAUGACCAUCAUGAAUGGAGGAGACCUGAAGUACCACAUCUAUCUGGUGGAUGAGAACAACCCAGGGUUUGAGGAGCCCAGAGCCUGUUUCUACGCAGCUCAGAUCAUCCAGGGCAUGGAGCACCUCCACCAGAAGAGAAUCAUCUACAGAGACCUCAAACCUGAGAACGUGCUGCUGGACAAUGAAGGUAACGUGCGUAUCUCUGACCUGGGUCUGGCAGUGGAGCUGAAGGAGAACCAGACAAAGAUCAAAGGUUAUGCCGGAACUCCAGGGUUUAUGGCCCCGGAGCUCCUGAAGGGGGAGAAGUAUGACACCUCAGUGGACUAUUUCACCCUAGGGGUCACACUGUUUGAGUUUAUGGCCGCCAAGAACCCCUUCAGGGAACGUGGAGAGAAGGUUGAGAAGGAGGCACUAAAGGAGCGCAUCAUGACCGGGACUGUGGUUUACCCAGAGACAUUCAGUGAGAACGCCAAGUCCAUCUGCUCUGCGCUGCUGGAGAAACAGGUGGACAAGAGACUAGGUUUCAAGGACGGGACCUGUGACGAGAUCAGGACACACCCCUUCUUCACCGCCAUCCACUGGACAAGACUGGAUGCAGGCAUCCUGCCCCCUCCGUUUGUCCCUGACUCCAAGGUGGUCUACGCCAAGGACUUGGAUGACGUGGGGGAGUUCUCCUCGGUGAAGGGGGUGGGGCUGGACGACCCCGACCGCGUGUUCUUUGACGAGUUCUCCUCUGGGAACAUUGCCAUCCCCUGGCAGGAGGAGAUGAUUGAGACGGGGAUCUAUGGUGAGCUCAACGUGUGGGGACCCGCAGGCACCAUACCCAACGACCUGCGCAGGGAGUCCAUCUUGGAACAGCCCAAGUCAUCCACCUGCUGCUUGGCGUGAUUGUCUCUUUGGAAACGGAGGACGAAGAAGGGAGCUCAGACGUUCCGGAUCAGACCAACCGUAGCUCUUUGAGGUGAUGUUGUGUUUAGUACACGCGGAAGCGCUGCCAACUGAAUAUUUUUUUGAACGCUUUACGUUUAGAGUAGAACAAUGAGAGAAACUGUAAAAAAAAAAAAAUACAUACACCUCAAAGGGCAUUGAUGGGAAAAUGCGUCGCCAUCGUGACAACAACACCUGGACCCAGACAAACACUCAAGACAGUCCAGAACAGGAAAUCAGGUUCUACACAAUAACGUUGCCAUGGAGAUGGAACUCCUGAGUGGCACGGCGUUCUGACUGCUCAUUGGUUGAGAUUGAGAGACUGUUCCGCUGCUCUUAGAGUGAAACUGUUAGAUGGACUUUGGACCUUUGUACUUCAUUUGGGCCCAGCUAUAGAUA